AUGGAGAACUCGCACCCUAUUUUUGCUACAGAUCCAAGUGAACUCAUGAAACAUGUAUAUAAGCAAGUCUGGGUAAAGACUGUUGAUGACAAGGAUCAUGUUGGUUGGGUUUAUACUGUUGACCCUGUAUCCAACACGCUAUGUUUGGUCACAUUUACUUCAGAUCGACCAUUCAUGGAAAUGGUCAUGGGGAAUGCUGUAAAGAAACUGACAGUCGUGAACGAUGAUACAGAAAUGCAAAAAGACAAACUGGAUAAGCUUUUUAGGCAUGACAGUGUUGAUGAGUUAGGACCAGAAGAACUGAAGGAGAGAAAAGAGACUGUUAGGUUGUGGCUGUUGAAACAUAGGCUUCCUGUAGAAGUCUCAUCUGAGAACCCGGAAGCAUUGUGUAUAUCAAAUGCUCUGUCUAUUGAACCUCCAUAUACUCCCAGCAGUUGUAUGAGCACGAAUGAAAUCAUUUUGGGAAAAAUUCAGGGUUUGUUAAAAAAUAUGCCACUUGAUGUAAAAGACUGGGACUGAUGGACUACCAUUCAUUGAGAAACUUGUUUUGGCAGAAGCGAGAACAGGCUCCUGUUCCUGUAGGUUUUUGUAUUUUGUUGGACAAGUUUGGUCGAGUUGAUUUGAGUUGUAUACUCACAAUUGAUUAAAAAAGCCUUAUCAUGAAAAAGCAUACAUGUAUUUUCAUUCAUAUGUACUUUUACUGCCACAAUAAAUGUUUUGACAAACUAA